ACGCUCAUGCUCGUGUGUUGCGUAUGUGCGCGUGAGGCCUUUUUUAUUUUUCCGCAUUAUUUAUUUAUUUUUCUUUCUUUGUCAAUAAAUUCUCGUCUUUCCCAGGUAAAAGCCCUCUCUCCCUACCCCAAGAAAAAACCCUCGUCGUCCUCACAAGACUAUUCUCAAUCUCCGUGCGCUAUCUCAAUCUCUGUCAAAGUUUCGAACAACCAUGGGAGGAGGAAACGGCCAGAAAGCCAAGAUGGCUAGGGAGAAGAACGCUGAGAAGGCUAAAGCUGCCGGAAAGGGAAGUCAGCUCGAUGCUAACAAGAAAGCUAUGUCUAUCCAGUGCAAGGUGUGUAUGCAGACAUUCAUCUGUACAACUUCUGAGGUGAAAUGCAGGGAGCAUGCUGAAGCAAAGCACCCCAAGUCUGACAUUUAUGUAUGCUUCCCCCAUCUCAAGAAAUGAAGAAAGUUUGCGUGUACAGGAGGAGAGAACGUGUUAGAGUUGAGUUGGUUGGAAAACCCAUCAGCAUCUCCAGUCUCCUCUCUAUAUCAUUAGAUUAAGUCCUUUAAGUUUGUUAUUCCUAAGGAAUCCAGACUGAGACCUGGUACCUUAUAUAUUAUGUAUGAUGAUCUACACCCAUAUCGUUGAUCCUAUAAUUUAAUCAGCAUGGAUUGUUCUUUGAAUGAAUCCUCGUCACUGCAGAAUUUGUUUUCAGUUUUACAA